AUGUCCCUCUGGGUAGACCUGUACCGCCCCAAGACCCUUGAUGACCUACAUUAUCACCAUGGCCUUUCAACACGGUUGAAAUCACUUGCUGCCUCAGGAGACUUUCCGCAUAUGCUGUUCUAUGGGCCAUCGGGUGCGGGAAAGAAAACGCGCAUCGCGGCUACGCUGAGACAACUAUUCGGGAGUGGAGUGGAGAAGCUCAAAAUCGAUCAACGCGUCUUCCUCACCCCUUCAAAACGAAAGCUCGACGUGAAUAUUGUGCAGAGCAACUACCACAUCGAGUUGACUCCAAGUGAGGUCGGGAACUUCGAUCGCGUCGUCAUUCAAGAAAUCUUGAAAGAGAUCGCGCAGACGCAACAAGUGGAUCUCAACGCGCGGCAGCGAUUCAAGGUCGUUGUGAUCAACGAAGCAGACUCCCUGUCGCGCGACGCACAAGCUGCCCUCCGUCGCACGAUGGAAAAGUACAUGUCGAACAUGCGCAUCAUCCUCUGCGCGAACAGCACCAGCCGCCUCAUCGCGCCCAUCAAGAGCCGAUGCCUGCUCAUGCGCGUCGCCGCGCCGGACCAUCACGAGAUGCGCACCGUCCUCGACCACGUCGCGAAGAGCGCGCGCAUACCGGCGAUACCCGUCGAGGCGGCGGACGAGAUCGUCAAGGACGCGAAUGGGAACAUGCGCAAAGCCAUCCUCGUUUUUGAGGCGCUGAAGAUGCAGUCACCAGACUUGAGCGGCCCUCUCUCGAUCGCAAAGCCAGACUGGGAAACUUAUUGCCGCAAGGUCGCAGACAUGAUCAUAGCUGAGCAGACCCCACAAAGGGUCAUGGAUGUCCGUGCGAAGAUGUACGAACUGCUCAGCCAUUGUAUUCCUCCAACCGUUAUCAUCAAGACCGUUGCAGACGCGGUUGUGGCACAAGUGGACGAGAGCUUGAAGGCGGACAUCAUGCACUGGGCAGCGAUCUACGAAACACGGAUGCGAUUAGGCAACAAAAAGAUAUAUCAUCUUGAAGCGUGGGUAGUUAAAGUCAUGUCCUUGUACAAGCAAUUCUUCUAUGGUAUCGAUUUAUCAGACUUCGAGGAUUGA